UGUAGAUUUCUAUCAAGACAAUUUCAAAGAAACAUCCUCGAUCUCUGCUUUCGUCGCCAUUUGGAAGCUCCACUUUUGAUCUCUACUCAUUUUUGUGCCACUUCACCAUUGUGCUCUGUCCUCUAGCAUUGUUCAUUGAACCUCAUACUCUAUCUCUCUCUCUCUCUCUCUCUCUCUCUCGCCAGCCGUAUAAAUACGAUCAACACGAUUAAACAUCACGGUUCCCUGCUCUAGUGUUUGGUAAACAGUAUAUAGUUAACAGCUACGUAGACCACAAAAAGAAAAUCAAUGCCAGAAUCAAAUCCCCCUCUCCUACGGCAUUAUGAAGCGCUUUUGCGCCACCCAGCAGAACUUCCUGCACUUGAUUGCGAUGAACGACAAAGUGGAGCAUUCAUGGAGGAAUGUGGCCAGCUGCCAUUGAUAGACUUGAACGGUUUAAAAUAUCAUCACGCGAAUAAGGAGAGACUAGCUUGCUCUGCAAGAAUAUGUAGAGCGUCAUCAGAGUGGGGAUUCUUUCAAGUAAUAAAUCAUGGGAUUAGCUCUGAAUUACUCCGGAAGAUGAAGAGAGAGCAGGUGAAGCUGUUUCAAGCUCCCUUCGAGAUGAAGGCUUCUCGUGGGCUUCUAAAUAAUUCAUACACAUGGGGAACGACAACAGCUACUUCUCCAAAUCAGUUCUCAUGGUCGGAAGCAUUCCACAUUCCUCUCACAGAGAUUUCGGAAGAAACUUACUAUGGAGAUCAGUACUUCAGCUCUCUAAGGGAAGUGAUGAAGGAAUUCGCAGCAGCCAUGUCGAAACUAGCACGAUUACUAGCAGAGAUUCUAUCAGAGAAUUUGGGUAGUCAAAAGGGAGAGAGUGAAGAUGUCUGUGAUGAAAGCACAUGCUUUCUUCGCUUGAAUCGUUAUCCGGCCUGUCAGAUAUCUCCCGAAGUUUUCGGCUUAGUGCCCCACACUGAUAGUGAUUUCCUUACAAUACUUUGCCAAGAUCAAGUCGGUGGACUUCAGCUCAAGAAAGGUUCCAAAUGGGUGGCUGUAAAACCCAUCCAAGAUGCUCUACUCGUCAAUAUUGGAGAUCUUUUUCAGGCACGGAGCAACGAUGUGUAUAAAAGCGUGGAGCACAAGGUGAUGGUUAAUAGGAAGACGGAAAGAUACUCUAUAGCAUACUUCCUUUGCCCUUCCUAUGAUUCUUUGAUUGCCAGUUUUAAAGAACCUUCAAUCUAUAGAAAGUUCACUUUUGGAGAAUACAGGAAAAGAGUUCAAGAGGAUGUCAAAAAAACCGGCUACAAAGUAGGCCUCCAAAGAUUUCUACUUUAGGAUCGAUCAUACGGAUAUACGUCCGUACAUUGUCUUAUUUAUGUUGAAGGGAAAAAC